AUGAAAAAAGUAUUAUUUUUGGGACCAGAGGGGACAUACUCUCACCAAGCAGCAAUACAAGCAUUUGAAAAUAGUAACGACGUCAAAUAUAUCCCAUCGCCUUCAAUUGUACACUGUUUUGAUGAAUUAGAGAGGAAUAACGAGUACUCUUAUUCUGUUGUUCCGCUAGAGAACUCCACGAACGGUCAAGUUGUAUUUUCAUAUGAUAUUUUACGUGAUAGAAUGUUAAAUGCAACUAAGAAAGAAGGGUCGCAGUUAUAUGAACCUCUGUUGAAAAUUGUUGGCGAGCAAUAUGUCUCAAUUGCGCAUUGUCUAAUUGGAUCUAAUGAUAUCCAGUUCAAGGAAACAUUGGAGGAAGAAUACGAUACAAUCCAGAUAUAUUCCCACCCACAAGUUUGGGGCCAAGUUGCAAAAUAUUUGGAAAACUUGGGUAAAAAAUAUCCAAAGAUCAAAUUCAGGAAAUCUGACACAUCCUCAACCUCAGAAGCUGUCACAGUUGCACUGGAACAGCAAACUCGUUUAGACAUAGAUGGGAAUCCAAACAAGAUAUUAAAUUUAGCUAUUGGCAGUCAAGCUGCUGCAAAGAUAAAUGGUGCACAAAUUUUACAAGCUAAUAUAAACGAUAUUAAAGGGAAUACCACCAGAUUUCUAGUCUUGAAGAGAAGAAAUGAAGUUACGCCUAUGAAAGAGUUAUUAUCGACUGACUCUGAAAACAUUAGUUUAAUUACAUUCACUAUUGACGAUUCACCAGGUUCAUUAGUGGAUAUUUUGAAUGUAUUAAAGCAAUUUUCCUUAAAUAUGUGCUCAAUUAAUUCAAGACCCUUUACGUCAAAUAAACUAUCGACUAGAAAAUGGCAAUACGUAUUUUUCGUUGAAUAUCAAACAAAUCAAGCACUAUCCGAACAAGAAUGGAACGACUAUUAUACUCAGUUGAACCAAAAGUCACUGAAAUGGACACUCUGGGGUUCAUUUCCAAGAGACAAGCGUUACUAUGACUAA